AUGUUUGCUUUUCCUCUUUCAGAUGUCGCCCCUUGGUUUUUCUUUUUCAUCUCCCAACUUAGAAAUUGAAUUCAGCCCACUACUAUUACACUCACUGUGCCUGACUCACUCAGAAACCUAACCUAGGGCUUCUUUUUAUAUAUAUUUUUUGGACUGUUCUGUCCAUCCAUCAAGUGGUGUUUCUGUAUAAAUUUUGUGUGGUUUGUUUUUUGUUGGUUUUAGGAUUAGGAUUUGGUUUCUGUGUGCUGUGUUAAAAUAGUAUCAAUCAAUCAAAAAGGAAAAGAAAGAGAGAGUUAGGGAAGGAAGAUGAGCUGGCGCAGGGUAUUGAAUUCAGCACAGGCCUUGGCUGCACACACUUUCCUUUUGUGCUUCACUCUCUUCCUCGUUCUCAAGCUCGAUCACAAUCUCUCUUCUUCUUGGUGGGUAAUAUUUUUACCUCUUUGGAUGUUCCAUGGUGUUGUGGCUCGAGGAAGGUUUUCAUUACCUGCGCCAUCUGCUCCACGUAAUCGAAAUUGGGCUCCAUGCCAUGCCGUUGUUGCAACACCAUUGCUUAUUGCAUUUGAAUUGCUCCUUUGUAUAUAUCUUGAGAGCUUAUAUGAUCGUGGCUAUGCUGCAGUUGGUCUAAAGAUAGUGUUUCUUCCCUUACUAACAUUUGAAAUCAUUAUUCUCAUUGACAAUUUCAGGAUGUGUAAGGCUCUAAUGCCAGGGGAUGGAGAAAACAUGAGUGAUGAGGCUAUAUGGGAAACUCUUCCUCAUUUUUGGGUUGCUAUCUCUAUGGUGUUCUUCGUUGCUGCUACAGUCUUCACACUCCUAAAGCUUAGUGGUGAUGUAGGUGCUCUGGGCUGGUGGGACUUGUUUAUUAAUUUUAUUAUUGCCGAGUGCUUUGCUUUCCUUGUAUGUACAAAGUGGUCCAAUCCCGUCAUUCAUAGAAAUUCAAGAGAAGCUAGUAGUUCAUCUUCAACUACGAUUGGAUAUCUUGACUGGAACAGUGGUUUAGUGGUUUCUACAGACGAAAAUCAACCCCAGGGGAGAAUCUGUAGCCUUCAAGACAUAGGAGGUCAUUUCAUGAAAAUACCAAUUAUUGUAUUCCAGGUUCUUCUUUGUAUGCAUCUAGAGGGAACACCUGCUUGUGCUGUAUAUAUACCGCUUCCAGUUAUUUUCUCUCCCCUUUUCCUACUGCAAGGAGCUGGUGUACUGUUAUCUGCAUCUAAAUUAGGGGAGAAGCUUGUGCUUCUGCUACGAAGUGGAGCUGGUGGAGGAAUAUAUUUUAGAUUUUCUUCAAGAGCUCAUGAUUGCUUGGGGUUCUUGUGCCAUGGUUCUAGAUUAUUAGGUUGGUGGUCAAUUGAUGAAGGGAGUCGGGAAGAACAUGCACGACUAUACCAUGAGGGAGCAAUUGGGUAUAAUACAUUUAGUGGUUAUCCUCCUGAGAUCGUUAAGAAAAUGCCAAAAAAAGAACUUGCUGAGGAGGUUUGGAGACUCCAGGCAGCUCUUGGUGAACAAACAGAAAUUACAAAAUUCAGCCAACAGGAGUAUGAAAGACUUCAAAAUGAGAAAGUGUUAUGCAGAAUUUGUUUUGAGGGAGAGAUUAACGUUGUAUUGCUCCCAUGUAGGCAUCGUGUCCUUUGCAGAUGGGUUCGUGCCAGGAACUGUUUCUUCGUUCCUAACUCCUAUAUUCAGUGUUCCGGAGAAAGCUUUCAAGUGUUAUAGUUGUUAAUUGCUAUUCUUCUUUCUUAGUUUCUGCUAUGCUAUGAGGCUUUGAGUUCUCUGUAAAGUGGGAUAGACAUUUUAUGAGUUAAAGUUGAAUUAAACAUCUUUGAGCAAUGAAGAUUCUGCUGGUUUUCUAGCAUGAAAUGGUUGCCAGAGGUGGUGUUGAUAAUUUUGAUCAUUGAAAGUUUGUAUUAUUAGUGUUUUUAUCGGAUAUGAGUCGGUCUCCUUCCUUUAAAGUUAAAGAAGAACUUAGUCCCAGUCUUGAUCCAGAGUCUUUACAGAGAUGGAUCGUUGCCUUAUGUGCUAUAAGGUUUGAUCUUGAACUAGGCCAACUCAUAGAAGAAUGUUAUCCACCUGGCUGUCUUACACAUGAUGAGGAACUGGAGAUUGCUUAUAUUUCGUUUCCGGAUUCUAUUUCCCAGCAACAAAACCCCUCAACCAUUCAUGAUUGAAUCUUCUUUUUCCGAUUCUGUAGGCACCUUAAAUCUAAAACCAGCAUUGCCACUCAUUCCGAGAUAACUGAAGUUGACAAGGAGUUUUCUCCGAAGCCCGCAGAUAAAAAUAGUGUUAGUAAAAGAUUAUCCAGUACAAAUAGUGAUAAUGUUUCUAAAUAACUGUAUGGCUUUGUCUUUAAUAGACAGAGACACGAUGAGAGGCUAAAGUGAUGAGGGGAGCAGUAGUCUGUGGUUAUUUUGUCCCACAGUCCUUAUUCUAGUGUGUUCAAACCUUUAUUACAAUUUGUAGGUCCCUUAUAUUUUGACAUCGGUAAGAUAGCACUGGAGCUUAUUGCUGCUUAUGUUUCAACAUGGCCUGCUCCUGUUCUUGGUAAGCUAAUGGAUCUUCCUAUUGGGAAUGCAUUGCUUAAAGAGAACCUGCCACCUGCACACAGCUUACCCAAGGAAAAUGGAGUAUCUCUUGAUGAAUCUGCUGCUCCUGUGGCUCCUUUUCUUCCUAAUAAUCAGUAUAUCCCACAGGGCCUUUUUCACGAUUCAGAUCUCUAUGGAGCUUUCCAUGGCCUUCUAUUGCAGCUUUGGUUGUUUUGGGAAUUGUUACUCGGUGAACCCAUUCUUAUCAUUGCACCAACCCCUCCCCAGUGUUCUGAGGUCGUUGCUAGUCUUGUCCAUUACUUUGCAGUGUUGACUUCCAUCCUUAUUUUACUAUUCACGAUCCUCAGUUUGCACACUUAAACUCAAUUCGAGAAGGGGAAACCUUCCCCCCAAUGGUUUUAGGGGUGACAAUUCUUUUCUUCCUUAAGGCUCUCCAUAAAAUCCCCUACAUUGUCUCAGUUGGAAGUCCACCUCCUAGUUCAAACAGGGUUUCCCUUUCGACUAGGUCUUCUACAGGAAAGGUUUCUAGUAGACCUGAAGGUCUUGGGCUUCAACAACUUUCUCUGCAGAAGUUUUCUCCUUCAAGUUUAUUGAAUGCAAUUAAGCUAUGGAGAGACGGUCCUCUUUGUCUCAUGACAGAACAUAAGGAAGCCAUUUGGACUACAUAUUCUGCCACAACUAAGCCAGACACCUCUAUUUUAAAUAGGCUUAUAGAUGCUGGCAUGUCACCAAGAGUUGAGGAGUCAAUGUCAGUUGUUAACAAUGAGAUCUUAUAGCGGCAUUUCUUGGAGCUUACGAUUAAUUUUUUGGCCCCUUUUGGUCCAUAUUUUAGGAUUACAGCGCCAUUGGAAGGAUCUUCUCCGUAUGUAGAUCCUCCUUCUUUGCCUCCAUUUAAUGCUGAUGAAUUUCUUGCAAUUUUAUCAGCCAGAGGUCCAAGGAAGUUCAUUUUGAAGCAAAUGAAAUCUAACUGGCUCGACUUCUACAGGCGGUUCCUGAAUGGACCCAACUUCAUGCCUUGGUUUCAGAGGAGGCGUGCUGUAGCUGAACAGAAACAAGAUAGAUUGUGGAGGCACGCAAGAAUGAAAACUGAUAUACAGAAACUUAUAUCUAAAAUGGCCGAGUUGGAAGUUGUGGAUUCUUUUAGUGUUAUAGAGAGACUUCUACUUGGGGAGUUACUGCUGCAGCAACCUGGAAAUGGAGGUAUUGAUUCCACGGUAACUUGUCAGAAACUAAUGGGAGAUCUUCAGGCAGUCUUCAGCGCACUUACAAAAGAUAUGCAGCAACUCAUGCUUUCAAAUCCACAAAGAGCAUCCCUUCUGCGAGGUAGCCCAGAAUUGACAAAACUUCCAGCACUCGCACUUGUUCAAGCCGGGGGUGCAUCUUCUACAUCACUCACUUGAAUGGUAAAAGCAUGAAACAGGUGGUCUUCUUAUGGUUCCAAAAGGCACUCUUCCUUAAGUCACCACAUCUGUCUGAUUGAGAGAAUUUCUGCGACUUUUGACAAGUUAUGGGGUAAGACUUAUUUUUGCAGACAUUCUAUUUUCCUUUGGAUGUCAUGCAAUUCAUUUCAAUAGAAUGUGUUUGCUGUUUUUUUUUGUAUUUUUCUUCGAAUAAACAGCUGUGUUAGCUGCAAUUUGAUUUAUCAAUACACUUUGAGAAGCAGACAUGAGAGAACUUGCCUCUUGACAAACAUAUAUGGAAAAUUGAUUUAUUUGAAACUAGCCAGGUUGUAAGUUUGCCUUUGUCGGUUAUAAUUGUGGCUUGAUAUUGUUUCUAUUAUUAAGGACCAAGCUGUAAUUUAUUCACUUUUUUUA